AUGUCAACGUUGGAUGACAAGCAGAAUUUGUUGGAGGAGGCGAAGAAGCAGCUGCAUUUGGCUGCACCAGUGUGUCUGGGUCUGGUCACGAACCGGCUGAUCAUUACAACAGCAGCCAUCAUCGUAGGACACCGAAGUCAACUGGAACUGGCGGCUGUUGGCUUGGCCAUUUCCUUGGCGAAUGUCACGGGCUACAGCAUUGUCAUUGCCGUGGCUGGGACCUUGCAGACAGUAGCUGGUCAAGCCUAUGGUGCCCGAAACUUUGAGGAGCUUUCCCUCAGUCUCCAGAGGUGUAUGCUGCUUUCCAUGAUGAUCGUUGCAGUGGUUUCCCUGAUUUGGAUUAACGGCCGAUCACUGCUGAUGGCCUGUGGUCAGGAGGAGGCUGUGGCAUCAUUGGCGUCAGAAUACCUGGCAUGGCUCGUUCCUGGCCUGAUUUGUUAUACCAUCACCGUGGUCUUGGAGAAGUGGUUGGCAGCUCAACGCCUGACAAAGAUGCAGGCAACAGGUGGUUUAGUCGAGCUCGCAGGCUUCAUCCCUGUGUGUUGGUUCCUGGUGAACGUGGUGAAUCUCGGUGCCAUCGGUGCGGCGAUCUCCACGUCUUUGGGUCAUGGUUUUUUAAUGUGUUGGAUGAUUUAUCAAACGCGACUGGCGCUGCGGUCAAAUCAUUCCAUGAGCUGGCAGGGCCUCUCAAGCAAGGUGUGGUCCAACUGGGGCCCGCUGCUUCGGCUCGUGCUGCCCAGCCUGCUGAUGAUCUCGAAAUGGUGGGCAGCUGAAAUUCUGGUGCUGCUGUCUGGCACACUGCACCGAGCUCAGGCAUCUUUGGCGGCCAUGGCCAUCUUCAGCAACACCUGCAGCCUCUGCGCCAUGCCCCCCUUGAGUCUGGGCUCCGCGUCGAACACCCGCGUCAGCAACGCACUGGGCGCCGGACGCCCCGACCUGGCGCGGUUUGCUGCGCAAGUGACCUUCAUGCUGGGCUUGGCCUUGGGUGCCGUGAUCUCCCUGCUGGUCUUGGUGGGUCACAUCUGGUGGAUCCAGUUGAUCACCUCAGAUGCCGAGGUUCGCGACUUUGCCGAGCCGGUGCUGCUGGUCUGUGCCCUCAACGUUGCCUUGGAAUGUGUGUGCACGGUGUCUUCGGGGUCUUUGAAAGGCUGCGGUCGCCAGUUCAUCCUGGCCCCCGUGGUGAUCCUGUCCUAUUUCUGCAUCGGCAUUCCAAGUGCGUGGCUCAAUCUCUUACCAGGCAAACGUAGCGCUGCUGGACUUGCCUUGGGCACAUCCCUGGGUACCGCCACUCACACCAUGGCGGUCUGCGUCAUCCUCUGGACCACCAACUGGGUCGUCAUGUCCGCCCGCGCCCGUGAACGCGUGGGGUCCACGACGCAAGCGUUGCUGCAGUGA